AGGGCGGUGGCAGCCGCUCCCUCCCUGCCCGGUUCCAGCUCCGGCUCCAGCGCAGCACCCAGCGGGCAGCACCCACGGCGAGCCAUGGCUUGCACCUUCCUCCUUCUCCUCCUCUUCUUCUUGUGCGGCUCCGCGGCGGCCGGACCUACGUUCCUGGUGGCAGUUCCCUGGAACAUCCGUCCUGGAGCAAAUGUGACUGUGGGGGUAGCUCUGCUGCCAGACAGCCCAGCACAGGUCACCGUAAGGGGAGAAGUGAUCAGAGACAACGAGACCAUCCUGAGCAGGGAAAUGGUUUUUGAGAAAGAUUCUUUUGGGACUCUUGUUCUGCCAGUACUGCCUUUGAACAGUGCUUCUGGGAGUUAUGAAUUGCUGGUGGAAGGCCAUGCUGAUGGACGGCGCAUCUUCUCUAACCGUACCAGUUUGAUGUACAUGUCGAAGAGCAUCUCUGCAUUCAUCCAGACUGACAAAUCUAUGUAUAAACCAGGACAAGAUGUGAUGUUUAGGAUUGUCACCGUCUAUCCUGAUCUCAAACCUUACAAAGCAACUCUGAAUAUAUAUAUCCGAGACCCUCGGAAGAAACUGAUUCAGCAGUGGUUGAUGGAGGAGGGUGAUUUGGGUGUAGUUUCCAAAAAAUUUCAGUUGUCAAUGAACCCUCCACUAGGAGACUGGUCCAUAGAGGUGGAAGUGAAUGGUCAAGUACAUUAUCAAAGAUUUAAAGUGAUGGAAUAUGUUUUACCAAAAUUUGAUGUUAUGAUAACAGCACCGUUAUACUACUCUUUGAGAGAGGAAGAUGUAACUGGUGUUGUCACUGCAAAGUACAUGUAUGGAAAGCCAGUAAAGGGAACUGUGACAAUCACUUGCCUUUCUGUCUCUUACUGGACAAACAAGAGAAAUAUAACGACAACAAUGGAGAUAAAUGGAUCUGUGAAUGUAACGUGUAACAAGCUUAUGUUGCAAAACUUGAAUGCUGAUCAGUCGUGGCACCAAGGUGACAGUGAUUACACAGAGCCAAUAGAAAUUAUUGCAGUGGUCACUGAGUCGCUGACAGGAAACUCCCAAAAUUCAAGUACCAUUGUAUUUCCGAAGCAGAGCGACUAUUUUAUUGAAUUUAUGGACUACUCUAGAGUUAUAAAACCUUCUCUGAACUUCAUAGCUACACUAAAAGUGACACGUUCUGAUAGCAACCAGCUGACACCUGAAGAGAGGCAGAAUCUUGUCACAAUCACUGCACAACAGUCAGACCUGCUUUUUCACCACUCUUCACUUUCUCACCUUGAGAAUGAGGCAACAGAGGAGAGAAAUCUGACAGUCCAUGUCCUGAAUUACACAAUCCCAGAAAAUGGAAUUAUUGAUAUUGAGUUUCCAAUUCUUUCUAAUACAAAAACUCUGAGAGUUCAGGCAGAAUUCCUCAGCAGUAGGACUGACAUAGGUGUUUAUGAUGUAUUCAGCUCCCCCAGCCAGACUUAUCUCCAGGUUAAAACAAAGAGCCAGGACAUAAAGGCUGGGAAGCCUUUUGAGCUGAGUAUUGAAAGCAACAAGCCAGUGAGAGAAUUCCACUAUCUGGUGUUAUCUAAGGAACAUAUUAUUGCUUUUGGCACAAAGACUGCAAAAUCUUUCACUUUAACAGCAGAAAAUUCCUGGGCUCCUUUGGCGUGUAUACUUGUAUUCUACGUUGAUGAGCUCGGAGUGGUAGUAAAUGAUGCUCUCACUGUCCCCAUUCAGCCUGUUUUGGAUGACAAGAUUAAAAUUUCUUGGAGCAAAGAUAAGGUCAAGCCAUCUGAGAAAGUCUCCCUUAAAAUCAGUACAACAGAACCAGGAUCAGUAAUUGGACUUGCAGUUGUUGAUAAAAGCGCAAAGCUUCUAGGAGAAAGUAGUGACAUAACAGAAGACUCUGUCUUCCAUGAGCUCAAUUUGUACAGCACAGUGCAGUACUUCCCCCUCGUCAGAGGUUCUUUUGGUGUCUUUCAGAAAUGCAGCCUUUGGGUAUCAACUGAUGCAAUUCUUGAGGAGGAUAAGGAACAUUUUCUUUAUGGUGGAAUGAUACCCAUAGAGGAUGGUUUUGGUGAUGAUAUACCAGUAUCUAAAAAUGGACCUCCCGAUUUCAGCAACCUCUACGUGAGGACACAUUUUCCAGAGACUUGGCUUUGGAUCGACACUAAAACUAGAUCUGACACAGACACCACAAUGGAAGUUACUGUUCCUGAUAGCAUCACAUCCUGGGUAGCCAGUGCUUUUGUGAUGUCUGAAAACAGCGGGCUUGAAGUGACGACUGCUCCAGUGGAGCUAGAAGCUUUUCAACCUUUCUUCAUUUUCUUGAACCUUCCAUAUUCUGUCAUCAGAGGAGAGCAGUUCAUUUUGGAAGUGAACAUCUUUAAUUAUUUGAAAGAAGCAGCUGAGGUCACUGUUAUCCUGGAUGCGAAUGAUGCUUUUGAAAUUAUUCUAACAUCUAAUGAAAUAAAUGCUACAGAAAAUGAACAGUCUGUAUCUGUACCAAGUGAAGAUGGGAAAACUGUUCAGUUCCCAGUUAAGCCAAAACAACUGGGAGAGAUUCCAAUCAAAGUGACAGCAAUAUCAUCUGCUGCUUCUGAUGCUAUCAUCCAGAAAGUUUUAGUAAAGGCUGAAGGGUUGGAACAAACGUAUUCUCAGACAGUCCUUUUGGAUUUGACUAGGAAUAAACCACGAGCAGUGUCAGAAACUUUGGAUUUCACUUUCCCUUCUGAUGUUGUAAGUGGAAGUGAGAGAGUGCAGGUCACUGCUGUUGGUGAUUUACUUGGGCCUUCUAUCAAUGGUUUGUCAUCACUGAUUAAGAUGCCUUAUGGCUGUGGUGAACAGAAUAUGAUCAAUUUUGCUCCAAAUAUUUAUGUUCUGCAAUACCUGACUAAAACCAGGCAGCUGAGAGAGGAUAUUAAAUCAAAAGCUGUAUCAUUUAUGAGAAAAGGCUACCAGAGAGAGCUGCUUUUCCAGAGGGAUGAUGGUUCUUUUAGUGCCUUUGGAAAUGAAGAUCCCUCUGGGAGCACAUGGUUAUCAGCUUUUGUGUUAAGAUGUUUCCUUCAAGCUCGUCCAUUCAUAGAUAUUGACCAAGAUGUGCUCAUGGAUACUGCUAAAUGGAUUGUUCGGCAUCAGAAAAUAAAUGGAGAAUUUCAUGAGCCUGGGAAAGUGCUGCACAGUGAUCUUCAAGGAGGCACCAAUAAUCCAGUUACUCUCACAGCUUAUAUCAUGUCAUCCCUCCUAGGGUUUCCAGAUAAACAGCAUGCUUAUGUCAUAAAGAGUGCUACAAACUUUCUAGAAGAUAAAUUUGAAGAAGGUAUUUCAGAUAAUUACACUUUGGCACUUGUGACCUAUGCAUUGUCCUGGGCAAAAAGUACAAAAGCAAAGGAGGCGCUGAAUAUACUGAACCAGAGGGCAGAACACCAAGGAGAAUUUCGUUUCUGGAUAACACCUGCCUCUGAAAUUUCUGAUUCAUGGCAGCCACGGUCCAUUGAUAUUGAACUUGCAGCAUAUGCUCUGCUAUCACACUUUCAUCAAGACAGAAUAGCAGAGGGGAUUCCUAUUAUGAAAUGGCUAAGUCAGCAGAGAAAUCACCUUGGGGGAUUUUCAUCUACUCAGGACACAGUGGUGGCUCUGCAAGCCUUGAGUCUAUUUGCAACUCUCACUGCUGCAAGCAAGACAGAAAUGGAUAUAACAGUGACAGCACCUUCUUUGAAAACUCCAGAAAUAUUUUCAAUUGACACUCGAAACCGUUUUCUGCUUCAGACCAAAGAGAUUACCCCUGCACAACCAAUGACAGUUACAGUGGCAGCAGAGGGAACAGGAUUUGCUGUCUUUCAGCUCAAUAUUAUUUACAACACAAAAUUUACAACACAGAGGCUCAGGUCUGUCCAAAAACAAGAAGCCUUUGACUUGAAUGUUGAUGUAAAAGAUGACAAAGAUGAUAAAAACCAUUUAACCUUGAAUGUGUGCACAAGGUAUUUUGCUUCCGGCACAGCUCCCGGUAGUGGUAUGGUCCUCAUGGAAGUUGGCUUACUCAGUGGUUUCUCUGUGUCACCGGAUUUCAUUCCGUUAGACAAUACAGUUAAGAAGAUGGAAAGAGACAAUGGAAAAGUCAACCUAUACUUAGACUCUCUAAAUGAGACACAGGUUUGUGUGGAUAUUCCAGCCGUGAGAGACUUCAAAGUGGCAAAUAUCCAAGAUGCUUCAGUAGCUGUAGUGGAUUACUAUGAACCUAGGAGAAGAGCAGUGAGAAUUUACAAUUCAGAAGUAAUGCAAAGUAUAACCACCUGUGACUUCUGUGAAAGUGAUUGCAGUCUUUGCCACCGAGAUGGCUCUGCAGCCUUGCUUCAGCACUCUUCGUUGGCCUCCUUGUUCUGUGUGUUGUUUGUCAUUCAUGUAAACUUACUGUGCAGUUGGGUGCUGUAAAACGAAACAGGUUAUGUUUUGUAUCUAAGGUUUCCAUAAAUUAUCCAAAGAAAAUUUUAUGCUCAGAUACCGGCCUGUGUUUAGUGAUUACAGUGACCAAACUCCUGCUGUGUUCAGGGAGAACUGGGCUGGCCCAUAUGGUAAAUUUCUGGCUGUGCCAGAAAACUUCUUUAAGUGUCUGCUGGAAAAACUUUCCAAGUGUUAGCUUCAUACUGAAGUUAUUGUCUGAGAAAGCACAGUUACUGAGAAAGCAGUCUGAAGAAAUACAAACCUAGCUCAAUGUUCACAUUCUCUUUUCACCCCAGCUUUCAAUUGUGCUUGUUUUUUUAGGAAUACGUUAGUUCACUGUGCUUUUCUGAAACACAGUCUGCUUCUCCAUUGGAGUGUUACUAAGCAGAGAGCUGGGAGCUUCAUAUCAGAGCUCACUUUGUUCUGUUCUGCAGACAUGACACAACAUUAAUACUGAAUUUCGCUGUAUGCUCUCAUGGGGAAUAAUAUGAAAAAUAAAAGGAGCUGGCUUCAGAGCAGAUCCAAGAGCCAAAAAGUACUGUAUUCACAAACUGCUGAAUGCUCCAGAAAAUUGUCAGUCUUUUUUUAUCAUUACAGAGAAAGUAGGUGGAUUAUUUUUGGCCAAUUCAUAAGCUAAUCACGUUUGAAAAUAAGGCCUCAGGAUGUUCACGUGCAUUUGACUCUGGAAGAAUUUUACUGUAAAUGUAUCAAAGAUGAAGACUAAGACUUCAUUUUUCCAGGGCUAUUCAGAAACAAAUGUAAUUCUCUUUCCAUGUGACAAUGCUGGUCUCCAUGGCUAUACUUAUAUCCAACAGAAUUAAGGUUGUUUUGAUCCUUCCCUGGUUUUUGGAAGUCUUCUAGAAAUGUCACUCUGGGCCAUCAUUAAUGUCUUGGGUUUGCAGUGUUGUCAAUGAUUUAAGUGGCAUCACCCCCGAACCACUGUUUACUCCUCUCUGUGCCACAUCCGCUGGUUGGCCCCGUGUGCCAUCUGUGAAUGCAACUCCUGCUGUUGGUUGAUGGGAGAGGCUUUUUAGUAGUAUGGGCUGAACAUACAUUUGGUCCAGCAAAAGAAUUGACAUUCUUGCUUCACUUUAAGAACAUCCUUGUAUGCUUAAAUCCUUUGCUGAAGUGGGAUGGUGAAGAGCAGCAGGCACUUUUAGACCCAAAUCUGCUCUUUGCACAUGGGAAGAAUUUCAGGUCUCCAUGAGUGGAAAUGGGGGAGCUCUUACCUCCUGAGUGAGUGUGUGAAUGUCUUCCCUGUCUGGCAGCCGAUUUAUCCUUUUUGAACACUGCCUGUGAUGUCUAGUAGUUACUUCUUUUUCAUAAGGAAGUCAAGCUGAUAAUAUUCCUAGUUACUAAAAUGAGGUGAAUAACUGUUAUGCCAACUAACAGAGUUAGAAAAUUUAAGGCUAUUGGAUCCUUUUCUUUCAUACCUUUUUGAGACAGAAUGUGUACAUGUCCACAUGUAAUUAUACGGCAAUUUCUAAUUUUUAUUCAAAUUUUGUUACUGCUUAAAUUGUAUAUUUUUGUAUUUUAUGCUCAUCUAUACUUUCAUUCACAAAAGAAAUUAGUGCAUGGUAGUAGCAUGGGAAGAGGCCUGAACUUCCUGACCGGUGCCUUCUAAUACUGAUGCAUAGGUUUUUAAAUGCAAAACUAGUUUAGGUGGUGUUAUUUGUUUUACUUUAGCUGUGUUUAGAAUUUACAGUGUUUUUCACAAACUUGGGGUUCUGUUCUGUCUCUCUGGCAGAGCUUAGGCCUGGUUCUUUGUAGUAAGUUCAUGCUUUUCACUUGUCUUCGGCACACUUUAUCUCUCACCCCUUGAAUAAUUGAUUAGUGCCUUAACAUGAGUGCCUGUGCUGCUCUCUGACCCACAUAAACUAAUAUUAUAUUUACUGAAAUCCAAAGCACUGCUUAGUCAAUAGGAUGCAGGAUCUGACCCUCUGUAAGUCAUCUCCUUGGUUUCAUGGGUUUAGAGCUAAUAGAAACCAAAAUAUAACCCAAAAUAUAUCUUUGCAUCUCAAAUCCUUUGCUCGUAUGUGGGAGCAUAGAUUGAAUUGUGCCAAGUGUAAGAUCUGGAAGACAUUCACACUCUGAACUGAGAUAUGUUUUGCUGCAGUGGAACUAUGAAAGCAAAAAAGUUCAUCUUUUGCUUUUGGAGACAGCAGCCUUGACAUGUCAUUUGCCUCCAUUUACUGUAAUGUCAAGAAUCUGAAGUUCACAUACUUUCAGUUUUUACUAUAUGUAUAAUACCUAAGAGGGAUAUUAAUGUUAGGGUAAAGAGGCUUAUUUUCUAGACAAGAUAGAGUGGAGAUAAACUGCUCAUUUGCAGUACAUAGUAGGAAUAAGUGAGUUUUAUUUCACAAGCAAUCCCAGCUUCCUGAAUAUCCUCAAGAAAAAUGGAAUUAAAUUGCUCCUCCUAAUUUCAGAAAGUACAGGUUUUAAUAGUAUUCCCUUACAUUUGAUUUUGAGACAAACAACACAUGGUUUUUAAAUGACUUUUGGCUGCCUUGUACACCCUACUAAGAAGCAUCAGUC